AUGCUUCAACUCCAGUUGAAAGGAUGUGUCGGUUGUCUGGAAACUGAACGAAUGGGUCUGUUGCAACUCAAGUCGUAUCUCAAGAAUGGUUUUGAAGUAGAAGAAGAAAGCAUGAUGAAAUCGUGGAGUCAUGAUGAUCCUAGCAGCGACUGCUGCCUCUGGAAAAGGGUAAAGUGCAGUGACUCUAUCGGUGGUCACGUAGUACACCUCUCGCUUGAUGAACUCUCAUACCCACCAACCAUGAGUUAG